AUGGCGGCAGCUGGGGGCGCGGCGAGCCGCAGGGACCCCGGGCGGCCCUGCCUCUUCUCCAUUGAGCACAUCCUCUCCAGCCUGCCCGAGCGGAGCCCCCCAGCCCCGGCCGCUUGUCCGCAGCAGCCCGCCGGUCGCCAGAGCCCCGCGGAGCCGGAGGAGCACGGGGUGCCCGAUACUGCGCCCUGCGCCUGCUGCUGCUGCUGCGGCGCCCGCGCGGCGCCCUGCGGGCCCCCGGAGGCAGCCGCCGGGCUGGGCACGCGGCUGGCGUGGCCGCUGAGGCUGGGUCCCGCGGUGCCCUUGUCUCUGGGCGUGCCAGCCGGAGGUUCCGGGGCGCUGCCGGGCGCGGUCGGCCCGAGCCCUCAGAGGCGCACGCGGCGCCACCGCACCAUCUUCAGCGAGGAGCAGCUGCAGGCGCUCGAGGCGCUCUUCGUGCAGAACCAGUAUCCCGACGUGGGCACGCGCGAGCGCCUGGCCGGCCGCAUCCGCCUUCGCGAGGAGCGCGUGGAGGUCUGGUUCAAGAACCGCCGGGCCAAAUGGCGACACCAGAAGCGCGCAUCGGCUUCCGCGAGGCUCCUGCCUGGCGUCAAGAAGUCCCCCAAGGGGAGCUGCUGAUGACUCUGGGAGCUGCCUCUGGGCUCGGCCACCCUCUUUGGGAUCUUUGGAGCUGGCGCUGAGAGGACAGAUGUACCCGAAAAGGAGCUGGGAGAAGACACUCGCCUCCUCCGCCCGUCUCCACAGCUCCUUGCCUCCUGCAGCUUGUUCUGCCGUGGCGUUGCGGACAGGGUCCCCGGUGCUUGGUGUUCCAAGGCAGUGGGAGUGACGAGUCCCUUGGGGGUGGCCUGGAGCAUAGAGCAGCUUCCUCACCCCCCACCACCCUAAGAGGCACUAACUCCCAGCCAGGCGGGGAACCACUCUGUAUCAACCCGGGACCCAGAGUCCUCCGCUGUGGAGCCUCUCUGCGCACCCUGGGGCAUGCUGGCCUCCCUCUUCUCAGUGUGGACAUUGACCCAACUUGACCUGGCCCGCCCUCCCCAAGCGGGAAGUGGGGUGGGGUUCGUGUCUGCGCAGUCCUGGGGUUGCAGGCUUCCCAGGCACUGGGCUGGGCCUAUCUGUAGAAUAAGAAGGCUGCAGGAGCGAUUCCAGGAGCCGCUCCCCAGUCCCCACACCUUGGAGCCUCGGGCUGAUACAGAAGAACAAACAGGCAACUUCAGAUACCACAGAAGCCGCCCAGAGUCUCAAGUCCACCUUGGCUCCACUCCCACACUCAGCAAAGAGCUGUCCUUCUCCUUCCUUCCCAGGGAGGGGGCGUUUAGGGUACAGCUGCCUUUGAGAGGAGCACAGCUGGGCGAGGCUCUGCACCAGGGUGCUCCCCAGCAGAGAAGACUGCUCCAUGGAUGGUGGCCUGGGGCCAGCCUUGGCCUCUAGGCUACUGCAAACCUGCCCGUGGGUGGGGGUUCCCGGCUUCCUCCUGGGGUUUUCACGCUGUGGGGUCGGCCUCCCUUUCAGCAAUCUCUGGCAUCCUAGGGUAGGGGAAGAGGAGGUUGGAUUGGGGACACCUCGACACUGCUGCCUGGGAAGAUGCCUGCCCGCCCCUUCUUUAUCCUGGCUCAGGGCGAAAGGCACCAUGAAAAGAAGCCUGUGAUUCCCCAAGUAGUCCCUACAGUGGGUCUGAAGCAUCUCACAUCCCCCUCAGCUGGCUUGAGCACUCGGUUCUGUCUCCUUACAGGUCCUGGAGGGAAUGGGGCAGUUCUACCUGCAAGAGACAAAGUCCAUCUCUAAAAGCAGGGCUGCAGAAGCCAGGGCUGCAGCUCCUGGGACACCCCAAGGCUGGCCAGCGUGUAUAACACCAAGCAAGCCUGGUGUCCCCAGUCAGAACUGCCCUGAGACUGCUGGGUGUCCCUAGCAUGGGUGCUCCCGCCUCUACCCCUAGCAUACACACUGCUGAUUGUCACAAAACUCUUCUCCCUGAACCCCGGUCUUACCCUUGGGGACUGAACAGACUACCUGUGGACAUGCCGGUGUCCUGGUCAGCUCCCUUGCAGGCAGGGACACUCCCAUCUCGCCGGCUCCAGGCCCCUCGUGCUCUUUCGUUGAAUGGCCAUCUGUCAUUGUAUCGGAAGCCCUGAUCAGAGCUUCUGGAGCAUCACCUUCCAGGGCUCAUGGCUGUGUCACCCUCAUGAAUUUGCUCCUUGAGCUCUAUCUGCUCCUUGGCAGGCUGACCCCCACAGCAGACUGUUAAUAUAGGCAUCCUUCAGACUCACGCCCAGGGACUCCCUUCUCACCUUCACUCUCUCCCUGGUUUAUCUUUUACCCUCAGACUCCGAUUCCCAUCUUUCUGCCACAUUUACAUCUCAAGCCCGGGCCCCUCCCUUGAGCCAGGUAUUUAUCUCCAGCUGUCCCCUUGACUACUCCACCUGGAAGCCCAUAGGUCACAUGUCCGCAGUGAGCUCUUCUGUGCAAACCAGGCACAUGAGCCAGGGAGCCAGUGAUCACUGGAUCGCUCCCUCUCCUGAUCACCCACUAUACCCAGGCUGACAGCAAGCCGAUUUUACAUUUAUCAAUAAAUC